AAUGCGUUUACUUGACCUUUGUACUUUUGUUACCAUGACAAUAAAAGAGUGAAAAUGUCUUCCAACGUCUACAGCAAGAGCAAGACUCUGGUAGCCAACUGGGUGGAAGAGAGGCAAUGUGCGCAUUUGGAGAAAGGAAACAGAACUGAAGAUGGAAAAUUGGACAAAAAGCUACACAAAACUGGGCAUAAAGGUAUUCUUUCACCCAGUCCCUCCUCUCCCAUGAGCUGCACCACCAUGGUUCAACAAUCCUACCAGCCCCCAGCAUCCAUUAGAGGCUCCACCCCGCGCUCUGUGGGCAAGAGACAGGAACAGAUAGUAGCUCAACUCUACGAUAUGAUCAGCUCAGAAGUGCAUGAAGAAUUCCUCCCCCCUCCACCAAAGCAUGACUACAAGUCAAUCACACAUAAUGACUUUAAUAAAGAUUUCACUCCAACAGUUAUACCACCAACAAGAAGCCAUAAUGUGUACACAGAAUCUCCCGCUACAUACUGGUCUGACAAUAUCGGAAAUGCGACGGGGGUGUCACAGGUCAAAGUACAGAGUGCACCCUUUCACAAGAACAGUGCAUUCAGUACACCAAUAGAAGACUAUCUAGACCAGCCCAAACCACACGGCAUUGACUAAACUCUACUGUAUUUUGUUGUUGAAGCCUUAUUUUAUUUAUGAGUAUGAUGACCCUUACCAUACUGUUUUUUUUAGUAAAGGGUCCUCACAUCAAUUAGAAAAAAUAUAAAUGUAUGAUGA